UGAAGAAGGGCUUUCUAGUAACCUUUUAUACAAAAAUCUCAAGCAGACAUAGUGGGACAAUAAACUCCAUCAAAUAGCCAUGAAGUUCACUGGCCUAGCAAUUUCCCAACUUGUUUCCUCCUCCCAAUUGCCUUUUGAGGAAAUACUUUAAUGCAGUCAUGAUUUUUGUUUUUGAGACAAGGUUUCUUGUAGCCUGGGCUGGCUUCAGACUGACGCUGUAACUAGAAAUAACCUUGAACUCUUAUUCCUCUUUGUCUCUGCUUCCCAAGUGUUGGGAUUAUAAGUAUGCCACCAGGACCAGCUCUGAAAUCACUAAAUUCUGAUUCACCUUAAAAUCGUACAUUCAUAUGGGUGCUUGAUUGUGUUUAUAGACCAAGCCCUGGUUGUGAUGGGUCUGCUCAGGUAAAACCAAGACUGAUGAUGGUCAAAGCCCAGGAAACUACAUUUCCAUCCAGUCACUGAGGACAGGAUGUUUGCCAGAGGGCUGAAGAGGAAAUAUGGUGACCAGGAGGAAGGAGUAGAGGGUUUUGGCACUGUCCCUUCCUAUAGUCUGCAGCGGCAGUCACUCCUGGACAUGUCCCUGGUCAAGCUCCAGCUCUGCCACAUGCUAGUGGAGCCUAACCUCUGCCGCUCGGUCCUCAUCGCCAACACAGUCCGGCAGAUUCAGGAGGAAAUGAGCCGAGAUGGCGUGUGGCAUGGGAUGGCACCCCAGAAUGUAGAACGGGCACCAAUUGACCGCCUGGUAUCCACAGAGAUCCUGUGUCGUACAGCAAGAGGAGCUGAGGGGGAGCACCCUACUUCUGAACUGGAAGAUGGUCCCUUACCAAGCUCAGCUUCCGAGCUUCCCAUAGUCAGCUCAGCACAGGGUCAGAGGAACCCUCAGAGCAGCCUCUGGGAGAUGGACAACCCACAAGAAAACCGGGGAACCUUUCAGAAGUCACUGGACCAGAUAUUUGAGAACCUGGAGAACAAAAGCCCCAGUUCAGUGGAGGACCUCUUCUCAGAUGUGGACAGCUCCUACUAUGACCUGGACACGGUGCUAACAGGAAUGAUGAGUGGUACCAAGCCCAGUCUCUGUAAUGGCCUUGAGACCUUUGCUGCAGCUGCUCCUCCACCCAGCUCCACUUGCAAGUCUGACCUGGCUGAGCUGGACCAUGUAGUAGAGAUUUUGGUGGAAACCUGAGAGGAGGCCCUCGUGGGCCAAGGACAAGGCUACAUUUCCCAUGGAGCUCACUUGUACUGUGACCCAGAGACAGACAAGCACUUGUCCCAAGAGGGGCUCUGACUCUUCAGCCAGGCCCCCACCUCUCUGUCUGACUGAAAAUAUCCUGGACAGAUUUUCCUCUGCAAGGGCUGCAGCCCUGGCUGCCCUCAGGGCUAGUUCCCUGAGGAGGGUAGCAGAUGCCAUCUCCAGGACUGAGCUCUCUGAAGGCUUCUGGGCCCUGGGCUCAUUUUCCUGUUGGUGUGAGGCUGGGAUCACUGUGGAGGAUGGUGUGCACAGCCGUGUCUAGUCUAUUUUACAGAUAGGCGAACUUUCUAAAAUUAAGUUUUAAAUGUUUUGGGCAAUAUUUUGUCUUAAGAUAUAUUUUUUAAACUUUUUAUACUUUAGUAUUUUUUUUUAGCUAUUUUCUUAAAAGUAUAUUUUUUCUACAAACAUCCUCUGCUGCUAUGUUAGAAACAUUUAUAACCUAAAUACUUACAAUUGGUGUGUCGUUCUUAAGGUUUAAAUAGAAAACUUUUUUGUUAAUGAGUCUUUCCACUCCCAAAGCAACUGUAAAUGUAGCCAGGAGCUUGUGGGAGAGCCUGGCUCCGUUAUGGUCUACAUUCUAUUAGAGUGCUUCAAAUGAGAACCAUGCACAGCUCCACUGCUCCCUCGCUGGGUCUGCUCUACAAGUGCUGUCUUCCUAGGCUUCAGUACGCAGGGUGGUUUUAUUUAUGCCUAUUUAUAUGUAAAUGCCACUGAAGGCUAAGGCCAAAUGUCUGGAAAUCACAGUACCAGUUCUUCAGAGAUAGCUGUGGCAGGCAGUGCCUUAUGUAGUCUUGUCCUUGGCCAUCACUGUCUUGUUCCCAGCACAGCACUGUGUGUGACAGGAGGCCAUGACAUCCUGACAACACCCAGUACUGUGUACUCCCUGUUAGGUACAUACAUGGAGGCUGCUGGGUGCCAGGCAUGUUUGUACUUGGAAAGGGUGUAUACCCCAUCCAUGACCUCACUAGGAAAUACUGUGCUUGCUUGCUUUUAAAAUGGUGCUCAAACAUUUUAAGGUGAAAAACAAUCUGACUCCAUAUAAUUUUAGGGCCCCUCCAUCCCAGGGUCCUGCUACCUGAUCACAUGUCAGACUCCUCCCCCAUGCAUGUUUUCUGUUUCUCGUGUGCUUUUUUAGACUUACCCACCUGAGCCUAAGAGGUUUUAUUUUGUAUGUAUGUAUAUGACUUCCUUGAUACCAACAAUGUAAACCUCACUUUUUAUUAAAAGUAUCCAGCAAAUGGAA